CUAACCAUUUUGGGUCUCCUUUGGCUUCCUCACCCCUUCGCUUUGUUCACCCCCCUGAUUGGUAGCAAAGCAGGAGGCAGGAAGAGGGACCACAUGGAGUGAGGAGGCAAAAAAAAAAGAAAAGAAAAUAUACAUAAAAAAGUGAAACGCGUGGAGAAUGCUAAACCGAGGUGAUUUCAACUCAUACAUUUACAUCCCAGUUAAGAACAACGAGCAGGUGAAGAAAAGAUCCCAGGUGUGCUUCCACCUUCUCCAAAGACUCACAGAAAAGCAACUAGCCAUAAGCAAAGAUAAAGAGGAGGCAACCAACCCGUACAGUAACCAGAGAGACGAAUUAAACGCAGGGGAAUCGUCAAAGCAUGUCUUCUACCAGCUGGACGAAUUAAAUGAAGGUGGGAAAAAACCAAAAGGGGAGAGUACCAAAAGGGAAUAUAAAAACCACAUACACAUAACGAUAGCAGAUACAGUGCAAAUUAAGAGGCACAUGAUUACCUCGUUUGUUACGAAGAUAAGGGAAGAACUCCAGACGCAGAGUUGUUUUCACCUCUUUUUCAAAAAUUCGGUGGACCUCUACCGAAGCCAAAAGCACACGAAAUACUUCUGUGCAUAUUCUGUCACGCCCGAUCAACAAGAAACGCACUUGGAUGUUCUAUUAAAAAAAAUAGAAAAAGUUUUGGGCCAGUUUGGACUGACUAACCAGUAUGCCAAUCGAAUAUGUCACCUCUCCUUGGCCUACACAGACAUCAAUUUGGGCCCCCUGCUGGAAGAGAACCAACUAAAUGUAGGGGAUACCUUUUGGCCAGACAUUGAGAGGAUUGUGGGGGAUAAUAAUUUAUGCUCAAGUUCAACCGAAGAGAGUGACCAAUUUUGCAUUUACGUGAAUCGAAUUUGCAUCCGUGUUGGCAACACUGUGUAUGAAUCUCGUUUCAGAAAUUUGCACGACCAUUUGAACGUGCUGCAGUCUGAUGAGUCGGCGGAUAGCAGCACGGAGUGA